UGGUGGGAAGAGAUAAAAAUGUUGAAAAUGAAAUUAAUAAAUAAAACUGUGGCUUUAGUGAUAACGGCAUGCACGUCGAUAAAUAUUGUGAAUUCUGAUCAAAUACAAGUGCCCAAUUCAGUAAAAAGAACAAUUUAUAAUGCCUUGUUAAACUGUACUACGAAAGAUGGUCGCACGAUUAGUAAAGAAGCCCUGGACAAAAUCGAUCCGUUCCAUUAUCCAGAGGACGUAAGAAAAUUCUUGGGCGAAGGAUAUCUAUGUUUGAUGCAAAAAAUCGGUUUCCAAAACGAUAAUGGAGAUUUGAAUCCCGACGUCAUAAGAAAACGAUGGGUGGUGGUCUAUGGAGAACCCGAAUGGGAAAAAUUGAGGCACUGUGUGGUACAGAAAAGUGCACCUUGGGAAACUGCGUUGGAGCUUGUCAAGUGUCAGUUUGUUACUAGUGGAAUUCCAGAAAAUGCUUUUAAUUGAUUAAAUAUCAUAAACAUUAUUUUUAAUUAUUAUAUUCUUGAAUUUUUAUUAUCAACUGUAAAUCAUGGGUUGCUGGUAUAUGAUAAAUAUUUUAUUUUGUAAGUUAUAGUAAUAAUUAAUAAAUAAAAUAAAGUAAUUUAAAAUUAAA